AAUUUAAACAGGUUUUUAACGUAUUUUCACCAGAUUUUCACGGAAUUUUCACCGAUUUUCACCCGGAUUUUUGGACGUUCCACGAAUUUUCACGGAUUCCCUCCUUUUCCCCUUCUCCAGGAGCACAAAUCCCGGGUGAAUUCCCUGGAAUCGGCCGUGUCCCAGGCCAAGCUGCGCUACUCGGUGGCGCUGCGGAACCUGGAGCAGAUCAGCGAGGAGAUCCACGCCCGCAGGUUCCAGAGGAUCCUCCGGAAAAAAAAACUCCGGGAAAACCCCCUGGGAGCCGAGGGCGGCCCCGGGAACCCCGAAAUCCCCGGAAUUCCGAGAGAAAGCCGCGGAAUUCCCGGAGAAAGCCGCGGAAUUCCCGGCGAAAACCUCAAAGUCCGCGGAGAAAUCCCCGGAAUUCCGAGAGAAGAUUCCAAAAUCCGCGGAGAAAUCCCCGGAAUUCCGAGAGAAAAUCAUGGAAUUCCUGGAGAAAUCCCUGGAAUUCCAAGAGAAAACCACAGAAUUCCCAGAGAAAUCCCCGGAAUUCCAAGAGAAAACUGUGGAAUUCCUGGAGAAAUUCCUGGAGAAACCCCCGGAAUUUCAAGAGAAAACCCUGAAGUCCGCGGAAUUCCUGGAGAAAUUCCUGGAAUUCCAAGAGAAAACCACAGAAUUCCCAGAGAAAUCCCCGGAAUUCCUGGAGAAAUCCCUGGAAAUCUCGGAAUUCCCGGUGAAAAUCCCAAAACUCCUGGUGAAAAUCCUGGAUUUUCCACUGAAAUCUCGGCUGGAAUCGGAAGAAUUCCCGGAAUUCCAGGCCAAAAUCUUGGAAUUCCGACUGAAAUUCCUGAUAAUUCUGGAAAUCCCAGAGAAAUCCUGGCCGGAACGAACAGAAUUCCUGGAAUUCCGAGAGAAAAUCCCGGAAUUCCCAGUGAAAAUCUUGGAAUUCCUGCUGAAAUCGGAAUGGGCAGAAUUCCAAGAGAAAUUCCCAGAGAAUUCCCGGCUGGAAUGGGCAGAAUUCCGAGAGAAAACCUCGAAAUUCCCGGAAUUCUUAGAGAAAACCCUGAAAUUCCUGGAAUUCCAAGAGAAAAUCCCGGAAAUUUGAGCGAAAAUCCCGGAAAUUUCACCUCAGUCUCCUCGGCAACGUGUGGAAUUCCAAGAGAAAUUCUUGGAAUUCCCGGCGAAAACCCCAAAAAUUUCGGCGCGAUCUCCUCGGCAACGUGCGGAAUUCCCGGAAUUCUGUCGGAAACGCCCGGAAUUCCCUCGGAAACGCCCGGAAUUCCGCGGGAAAUCUCCACCUCCGGGGAUUCUCUGUCGCUGCUGAGCCUGCAGACCAUCGCCUCGGACCUGCAGAAGUUCGACUCGGUGGAACAUUUGUCGGGAAUUCCGGGAAUUUCGGGAAUUCCGGACGCGCUGAGCCUGCACAGCGAGGAGCUGGGGGAGGGGCGGGAGAGGCCGAGGGGUUUUCGGCACCAUCGGAGCGUCAGCCUGUGAGAGGAUGGGGGGAAAUUUGGGAAUUCUGAGGGGGAAAAUUCCGAGGAAUCCUGAGAAAUCCCAAAAAAUUCCGAGGAAAUCCUGAGAAAUUUGAAGGAAAUCCCAAAAAGUCCCAAGCAAAUCCCGUAAAAUGCUGGAAAAUUCCGAGAGGAUCCCAAAAUAUCCUGUGGAAAUUCCAAAGAAAUCCC